UAGACCCCUGAUAACCCCACAGAUUACCCAGUCAAUUUCCCUUUUCUGUUAAUAAUUCUUGAAUUUCGACUUAAACCCAAGAAUUCUCUGCCGACAUUGCACAUUGCAUCCCUCUCCAAAGUCCAGUCGAUUUCUUGAUUUGCAGAAGCCAAGCAUGGACUGUCUAGAGAUGACAAAGUUGAAGAGCAACUUCAGUAAUGAUGACCAAAUAAAGCCUCACGAGGGUCCUGCAAAAGACACCAUUUUCAGGAGUCAAGAAGCAAGAUGCUCUGAGAAUCCAAUCAAAGUAUUUGGGAUUUUCGUCGGUUGCUUCAUGGGAUUCUUUGUUAUGUUCUCAGUAUUGAAGAAUCCUUCAUCUUCUGAAGCCAGGCUUCUUGAUUCCAGACCUUUUGGAAAAGGUGAUGCUGUGGUUGAUAUUCCGAAACAGAAUAUAGUUAAAAGAGACAAUUUUCCCGAGCCUGUUGAGAAACCACAGGAUAAGCUUCUUGGUGGUCUUCUACCUGCAGGAUUGGAUGAAAAAUCAUGUUUAAGUAGGUAUCAAUCGGUCUUGUACCGCAAGCAACAAAGUGGCCGGCCUUCUUCCCAUCUUAUCUCUAGAUUACGCGGAUAUGAAGCCUUGCAUAAACGAUGUGGACCAUUCACAGAUUCCUACAACAGAACUUUGGAAUAUCUCAAGUCAAGCAGCCAUGGUGAAGACACCAAUUCCACAGGUUGCAAGUACAUUGUCUGGAUUCACCCAAUCCAAGGUUUAGGAAACAGAAUACUUAGUUUGGCAUCUGCUUUUCUUUAUGCUCUGCUAACAGAUAGAGUCCUACUUGUUGAUCCUGGUGGCUACAUACCUGAUCUUUUUUGUGAACCAUUUCCUGGGGUUUCCUGGUUGCUUCCCUCUGAUUUCCCAAUUGCAGAAAAGUUCAAUAGCUUUGACAAAAAAUCUCCUGAAAGCUAUGGUAAUUUGCUGAAAACCAAUGUUCUCCACAAUUCAACUUUGUAUUCACUGCCACCAUUUAUCUAUCUCCAUCUACUUCAUGACUAUGAUAAAGGUGACAUGCUUUUCUUCUGUGAUCAAGAUCAAGCUAUUCUCAAAGAAGUACCUUGGAUGAUUUUGAAGUCAAAUAACUAUUUUAUCCCAUCUCUCUUUUUGAUCCCAUCUUUUGAGCAAGAACUGAAUGAUCUCUUUCCUGAGAAAGGAGCUGUAUUCCAUUACUUAGGCCAGUAUCUCUUUCAUCCAACAAACUCUGUCUGGGGGCUAAUUACCAGGUAUUACAACACUUACUUAGCCAAAGCAGAUGAAAAGAUAGGCAUCCAGAUAAGAGUCCUUGAAACAGAAACUGGUCCUUUUAAGUAUGUUUUGGAUCAAGUUUUGGCUUGUGUAAUGAAGGAGAAUCUACUGCCACAAGUCAAUGAGAAAGAAGAUCUAAUGGUUCCAUAUGGGAGACCUAAUAAAACUAGAGCUGUCUUGAUGACAUCUUUAAACUCUGGAUAUUUUGAGGCAAUAAGAGAUAUAUAUUGGGAACAUCCAACUAUCACAGGAGAAGUGAUUGAAGUAUACCAGCCAAGCAAUGAAGAGUACCAACAUACUGAGAAUCAGAUGCACAACAUGAAAACAUGGGCUGAAAUUUAUCUUCUGAGCUUGACAGAUAAGUUGGUCACAAGCGCAUGGUCAACUUUUGGUUAUGUUGCCCAAAGUCUUGGAGGUCUGAAGCCAUGGAUACUUUAUAUGCCUGAGAAUCGUACUACACCAGAUCCACCGUGUCAACAUGCUUUGUCAAUGGAACCAUGUUUCCAUGCCCCUCCAACUUAUGACUGCAAAGAGAAGGGAGGGAUUGACACCAGUAAACUUUCCCCUCAUGUCCAGCAUUGUGAAGAUAGGAGCUGGGGUCUUAAACUUGUUGAUGGAGACAAUCGUUUGUGACCAUUGCAUUCGUUUUUGUUCCUAUACAAUCAGACUUUAUUUGAUCUUGAUCAGUCUCAUUUGUCACUGUAAUGACUCUAGAUAUUUUCACUAGAUAUUUUCAGCAGAAAUGUAUCUGCCAUGCUUUCCAUUUCA